AUGAGCGCACCCACGGCGAAGAGCAAGCGAGGCCCCACGGUGCUGAUGACCGACUCGCGCAAUUCAGCGCCCCGACAGCUGCCGCGCCCGUCGACGCUGCAACGCCAGGCCACGCUCAUCUCGGUCGACAACAUCCUGCAGUACGCCUCGGACAUUCCUUCGCAGCAGCGCCGCGGCCCGCCUGGCGUGCGGCCGGCCAACCACAGUCGCACGCCCAGUGGCCGCCAUCCGCUCGACCCCAAGCUGUCCGGUCGGCUGAUCCCCCAGCACAUGCCGACGCGCUCCAGCAAGCUCAGUGAGAAGCUCGUCCUGCUGCCCGAGACGGACGAGGCCGACGAGGACGAGAAGGGCGACUUCGAUGACGACGAUGAGAGUGCAGGGCCGCCUACCGACGCUCAACUCGGCCGCCGCACUGCCAAAGGCGGGCCCACGGACAAGAGUUACGCUGAGCGGCUGCCCAAGGCGCGGCGCACCGACAAGCUCUCGCGCGUCACCGCCUACUGCACCGCGCAAGCGUUCAAGAUGAAGAGCACCGCCGCCUUCGUCAAGGACACGCACCACGCCCGCACCAAGCUGUACGACGACUGCCUGUACUGCGUCUACCACCUGCCCCUGCUGCCCGCCACCGACGGCUACCGCGUCCGCAGCAGCCCCGCCCUCAAGUCGCCCGGCGGCAAGACGGUCCUUGACGAGGAGAUUGAGCGCAACGAGGCCCGUAACCACCACGAGGGCUACUUUGGCGACGAGGAGACGUACUUUGUGCGCGACGACGACCAGGCCUCGGACGAGUCGCCCAGCUUCCUCGCCCACACCACCGCCCGCGACCGCCGCGACUCAGACUCGGGCCCUACGCGCGUGCCCCCCAACGCCCUCGCUUUUGGCGAGAUGUUCGUCUUUAGCUACGGCGUCGUCGUCUUCUGGAACUUCACCGAGAAGCAGGAAAAAGACAUCCUCGCCGACCUGACCUUCAGCUUCAACCACACGGGCAUCCAGAUCGCCACCCGGCCCCUCACCGAGAGCGACUUCGAGACGGAGGAGUUCCACUUCGAGUACAACCCCGAGAUCCCAAGGCCGCGCGUCUACAACGACAUGAUCACGCUGAAGAGCGGCGACCACAUGAUCAAGCUCGCCAUGAGCCACGCAAUUGCCCAGAGCACCAAGCUGAGUCUGUUCGAGGAGGGCAUGAACCGCACCAUGCUGGCCGCCCAGUACGUGCCCAAACGCCUCGCCCUGACAGGCAAGCUGGGCAUGCGCCGAACCGACGUGGUCAAGAUGAUCGGCCAGCUCUUCACCUCGCGCGUCGACGUCAAUCUCUCAUCCAACAUGCUCGACGCCCCCGCCUUCUUCUGGGACUCGGAGCCCACCCUACACCCUCUCUACACGGCCGUGCGCGAGUACCUCGAAAUCAAGCCGCGCAUCCAGGUCCUCAACGAGCGCUGCCAGGUCUUCCUCGACCUCGGCGAGAUCCUUUCUGACUCCAUCAGCGACAAGAAGAUGACGCGCAUCACCUGGAUCAUCAUCUUCCUCAUCGUCGUCAGCAUCUGUGUCACCUGCCUCGAGGUCAUUCUGCGCUUCGCCAUCCUCAAUAGCAGGAAAGGCGGCGCCCCCGUGCAGGGCAACAUUCACGGCCUGAGUGUGGGGAGUCCCGACGGUCCGCUGAAGGGGCUCGGCGGGCUCGAUAGGGUAGGGUACGCCGGGCCGAGUCUGCUGUUUGCGAGAACGCUGGUCUGGGCCGUGUCGAGUGUGAAAGGCGUAUUUGCUUGA